AUGCCUACUUACGAUAUUGUCGUCUUUGGUGGUGAUCACUGCGGUCCUGAAGUAACAGCAGAGGCGCUGAAAGUCCUCGACGUGAUCCAAAAGAGCAAUGCCGACGUCGAGUUCAACAUCAAGGAGCAUCUCCUCGGCGGUGCCUCAAUCGACGCAACCGGCGAGCCACUCACCACCGAAGCUCUCGAAGCCGCAAAAGCAGCCGACGCAGUCAUCCUCGGCGCCAUCGGUGGACCAAAAUGGGGCACGGGCAAAGUCCGUCCAGAGCAAGGCAUUCUCAAACUCCGGAAGGAGAUGGGGACCUACGGCAACCUGCGACCAUGCUUCUUCGCCUCCGAUACUCUCGUGGACUCUUCGCCCCUCAAGGCGGAGGUCUGCAGGGGUGUCAACUUCAACAUCGUGCGUGAACUUACUGGAGGUAUCUACUUCGGCGACCGCACGGAGGACGAUGGAUCUGGGUUCGCUAUGGACACAGAGCCUUACUCGAGAGCGGAGAUUGAGCGAGUCACAAGGUUAGCUGCAUACCUCGCGCUCGCUGAGGAUCCUCCCGCCCCGGUCUGGUCGCUAGACAAGGCGAAUGUGAUGGCUACGAGCAGAUUGUGGCGGAAGACUGUGACGGAAGUCAUGGAGAAGGAGUUCCCACAGCUCAAGAUCGGUCACCACCUCAUCGACUCGGCUGCUAUGCUGAUGGUGAAGAACCCACGGGCCCUCAACGGCGUCAUCGUCACUAGCAACCUGUUCGGCGAUAUCAUCAGUGACGAGGCAUCCGUUAUCCCUGGUUCUCUGGGGUUGUUGCCAAGUGCUAGCUUGACGGCCUCGCCUGAUGGCAAGAGCAAGUGCAAUGGCAUCUAUGAGCCAAUUCACGGCUCCGCCCCCGACAUCAGCGGCCAAGGCAUCGUCAACCCCGUCGCCAUGCUUCUCUCCAUCGGCAUGAUGCUGAAGUACUCGCUCCAGCAGCCCGAGCUGGCCAAGAAGGUCGACGAGGCUGUUCGCAUCGUCAUCGAGAAGGGCAUCAAGACCAAGGACAUUGGAGGCUCGGCGAAGACCAGCGAGGUCGGUGACGCUGUUGCCAAGGAGCUGCAGUCGAUUCUGUCGUAG